CCACGUUCUCCUGUGACGUAAUCCUGUCCGUUUCAGUAUGGCAGGCAGGCCCUUAUCUAGAGGUCUCUGUAAAUAACGACAUUUAUACGGUGUAUUCAGAACUAACAGUCGGGUUUAUGUAGUGAUCGGUGAUCGCUGGCCGUUCAGUGUUUCAGAGACCCUCUCGUGGGGGCGUCCUCGGGCGGUAUGUUUUGGGGUACUUUGGAUGUUUUACUGCUCUGAGGAAUGAAACUUUACUAUGAACGGGCAGUAAACCUCAGUUGUGUUACUAUAUAAACGCAUGUGCACCAGAGCGAUGGAGAGUGACUGUAGGAUCCCUAUGGCAUGUCUGAGACCCCGGAUCCUGGCCCUGCAUGCUUUAUUCUGGGGCUUAGUGUCUCUUAGAGUGUUUGGAGCAGCUCUUCUUAGCGAUGAGAAGGCAGCAGUUACGGUGACAAAGGCAGUGACGGCACCAUGUUGGCAGCUGGAGGAGUUUGUGGUCGCUAAAGAGUGCAGUGCAUGCGAAGGUUUGCAAUCGAAAACUAUACCAGCCUGCGGCCAAACAGGAUUUGUAGAAAAGAUCAACUGCACUAAAUCUAACAGAGAUGAAUACAAGAGCUGUCGCUCUACCAAAAUGGAGGAGCAUCUCUUUUGGAAAUUUGAGGGCGCAAUGCUGGCUCUCACUGUUUUCUUUGCAAUACUGGUGGUCGUUAGACAACGCUCACUUGACCGCCAAGCCUCAGACAAGGUUCGGCGACAGAUAGAGUCUAUUUAGUAGACCAGACUGUACUAAAAGUUAAUGGGCCUGUGGCCUGGUGUUAUAAACUCUCAGCAAAGGGCAUAACCCCACAGUUCAUGGAGGCUUCCAGGCUUUAUCACUGGUUUCAUCUUACUGGACGCACAAAGACAAAGCUCUGAAUGGGCACAAUGUGCUCUUACUCCCCAGACUGACAUUACUUGUGGAUGCUGCUUCUGUGCAGGACUUAACUAACUAGAUGUGAAUCUCAAGAUCAUCCCAUCAAAUCAGCAAACAUUAUGCAAGGCAGGAGUCUAGUCCCUAUUUUGUAACAGAAGAUGUACAGAUCUCCGUACACCUGUUAUUUCAAAUGCUGUGAAGGUGGUGUGUGUUGAACAAAAUAUGGGUGUGUGUUGCAUGUUUUCAAUAAUCCAAAAGCACAUCAAGUAUUUUCUCAAGCCGAGAAUGAACUGUAUGGUCAAAGUCUUGAAGAUACGAUUUUGUUUCAUCACAAUGGGUUUAUGUUAGUCAGGCUGAGUUUCAGUGAAUAUCGAAGUUUUGGGGUUUGUUCAUUUGGCUUCAUUCAUUUUGGAACACGCUACCGUUCAUGAAAUCACAGAUGUCUUUUUCCUGACUUUCUCCAAACUGACACACUCGUCCAUCCAUUAACAUCGACAUGUUUGUUCCAGGAACAUUAACAGUUAUUUAAUUAAUCUUAUAUGUGCAGUUGCUGUUUGUUAAAUCCUUAUUUUCAGUAUAUACUUUUAUAGUGUUUUUGACACGUUCUUUAGAGGCUUGUAGGUGCUCUUUAUUAAAGUUUUAAUUUUUUUUUUUUUCCCCUUUUCAUUUAUGACGUUUACUUUCAGUCUUUGCCCUCCUUAGUGAAAAUAAAUAUUUUAUAUAAAAUUGUGAGCAAACGUCUUGGUUCAUAACGUCAGUCUCAAAAAUACCAGCUCUGUACUCAUAUCUGACUGAUAUAUGCAAGACUGCAUUGUAGUGUAUAUUAAAACUGCUUGACUUGAAAUGAAGAGGAUGAGAUGUACUGAAAUCAACCCACCUUUUUAUAUUUUUAUUAUUUUUGUUUCUUUAUUUUGCAAGCACUUCACAGCAAAAUUCAAUAUUGGAUCUGCAUCUUGUUUAUUGAAGGUGAUAUUCUGUGCCAUCAUCUUCAGAAAGACUUUACUCUCCUGGUUUUGGGUACAGAGGUACAUUUCUAUCUUUUCCCCAUAAGUUUAUUUACAUUAUGAUUGGUUUGACAGAAUAAUGCCUUUUUAUUAAGGCUGAUUGGUGUGUUUUGUUUUUUUGUUGUUUUUUUAACUCCACAAGUUUAAAAGAAAACCAUGUGAAUUUGAUUCAACUGUCCCAUAACUGAUUUUAAUGAUCUACUUAAAAUGUAAAAGGUGUAUUUUUAUGAAAGACGAGUGACAUUUCCUGUCCUGUGUUGAUGAUGAACUGAGGAAUAAAUGGGGAAAAAGCAA